AUUAGAAUAUAUUUAGAAUUAUUUGACGGUUAAUAUGAAACAAAAUUUAUUUUUUUCGUAAGUUUAUUUUAACUUUGUUGAUUUAUUGUUAUAAAGUUGUCAAUGGUUUGAGGUCUCAUCACUGCUUUAUGUGAUGUGUGUAAGUAAGUCAUGUUUAUGAAUUGAUCUUCAUUUAAAUUUUCUUUAAAUGAUUCAGGUUAAGUUCUCUAAUGGUUUGCCCCCACCUCCAUCUCGAAAAAAAAGAGAGAAACUUAUGAAGGUGGAACCACAACUAAAGAGGCUACUCCGAGGCUUAUAAUGCCAAAUUAGAAGGCAACUCUAGAAUCUCAGAUGGCACUAACGACAUUAGUGCAAAGAUUGACUUGCCUUGGACAAAAUUGGGGCUUUCAUCAAACGAUGUUGAUCGAGGUGGUCGCGCUAGCAUGCAGCACCCCGAUGGUGGCAGCAUGGAGGAUUUCUACCACUUGGUGUAAUCCCAACACCAAGAAUACAAAUCCCUUACAUUAAAGUAAGAAAACAAACCGCAACCGAGUAAUUCUCCCAACACGGAGUAGAUUGUUGCAAAUACAAUGAAACAUGAACUUCAGAUCCUUCAACAUUCCCAAGAAGACCGGUGCGUCUUCCUCUGCUAGCCCACACAACUCUUCUGCGAAGACUGUCCCGGUCCAACAAGAGACUGUUGAGAUCCAUUCUGAGGAGGAGACUCCUCAGACCGGGGAGGCUGCUCAGACUGGGAGGGUCCCGGUGAAUCCUCCUCCCAACAAAGGGAAAAGGAAAACGAGGACGAAGGAAGCGGCCACCACUCACCCGGCGGCUAAGAGAAAAAGGGAGGAGGGUGUCCCGGUCACCCAAUCACUCGGAGAGCUCUGGGUGAAAAUGGGACUAAAGCUGAAAGAGAUUGGUGAGGUUGGGCCUGAUGCCCUAGAGCAGCUCGCCGAGGAUUCUCCCUCCCGGGUGGCCGGGAAAGCGGACGCAGAGAUCCUCCGGCUGAAGGAGGAGAACUUGCAACUGAUGGGGGAGGUCUCCCAUCUAAAAGAGGAGGCUGAGCUGAAGGAGAAAGAGAUGCCCGGUCGAGCCAAGCAGUGGAUGGAGGAGAACCUGGUAGAAGCUGCCCGGGUACUUUCUUCUUCUGAGGGAAGGACCGGGGAAGGCUUUCAAUUGUUGUACCAGGAGCCUCUCGGAAAAGAAAUGAUUACCCAGAUAGGGUCUUUUGGCUUCAUGUCUGGCCAAAAGAGGGACCGGGAGGCUACCCACGAGAUCGUGGCUGAACGGGAUCCGGCGUUCUCUGCUGAAGCUUACGGCCUAGCCCCUAUCCCAGAUGAAGAGCCUGCUCCUCCCUUCCCCCUAGAGUAGAUCUCCCUGGCUGUGCCCGGUUAUCUCUUGUAACAUUUAAAACAUCUUCAUUUUCCCGGGUAUGCCCGGUGUACUUGUAAACAUUC